CACUCAAGACACCGCCAAACGAGAUGAGGAGCAGCAGAGAUCCGACAAAAUGCGCUGCCGGCUCCCGAGCACUGGAUCUCUGAUGACCCUGCUCACGGCGGCGAGCAUCAUCGCUCCCGGGUCGCCUUACUUCGGAUUGACCGGGAAGGAGCCUUUGGCUGUCUUUUCGAGCCCCGUCCUGGAGGAGUUCGGCGCUGGGAAGGUUCACCUGAAGCAGUGCGACAGCUUGAAGCUAUUCCGCAGGCAGAAGCGGCUGUGCCGGAGGGAGCCGGGGUUAGCGGAAGGUCUGCGGGAAGCGAUCCGCCUCAGCGCUCUCGAGUGCCGGUACCAGUUCAGGUCGGAGCGCUGGAACUGCAGCCUCGAGGGCAGAGGGAGCCUCAUCAAACGAGGGUUUAAGGAGACCGCCUUUCUGUUUGCGAUUUCUUCGGCUGGACUCACCCACUCACUGGCUAAGGCUUGUAGCUCAGGCCGCAUGGAGCGCUGUACCUGUGAUGAGUCCCCAGACCUGGAGAACAAAGAGGCCUGGCAAUGGGGAGGCUGUGGGGACAACCUCAAGUACAGCAUUAAGUUCAUCAAGCACUUCUUGGGCCAGAGGAAAGCCAGCAAAGACCUGAGAGCCAGGGUUGACAUGCACAAUACCAAUGUGGGCAUCAAGGCUGUGAAAAGUGGUUUGAAGACCACAUGUAAAUGCCAUGGUGUAUCUGGAUCCUGUGCAGUUAGAACCUGCUGGAAGCAGCUCUCAUCCUUUCACGAAACAGGCAAGCUUCUCAAACUCAAGUAUGAAACAGCCAUUAGAGUGCAUAGUGUCACCAACGAUGCCACAGGUGAGACUGAGCUCAUCAGCCCCAAAAAGCACAGUUAUACCUUAAAGAACCACAUCCCAAGGACUACAGAUCUCGUUUACAUAGAGGACUCCCCAAGUUUCUGUCGACCAAGUAAAUACUCUCCUGGGACGGCAGGCAGGGUGUGCUCAAAGGAGACAAACUGUGAAAGUAUGUGCUGCGGGCAGGGUUACAACACCCAGAGUCUUCUGGUGCACAGACCCUGUCACUGCCAAGUGCAGUGGUGCUGCUAUGUGGAGUGCCAGCAGUGUUCUCAAAGAGAGGAGAUCUACACUUGCAAACACUAACAGUAAGAAGAUAAGACAACAUGGGAAACACAGCGAAGGGAAGAACAAGACAUUGAAGUCACAAGUUAAGCUAUGGUUUGUGCCUGUUGUUCUGAGACAAAGUCAUAUAGCCCCUGGUAAACCAAGAUUUUAGAGCUAAGCCUUAUUGAACAUGUUACUGAAAACGUACGUGUCUUCAGUUCAAAGAAUCUGUAUUCAGAUGAUUUCAGCUGAAUCAACAUCCAUCCAAGCUCUAGAGGAGUGCAAAAUAGACUGGUAGUUGACUGCUAGGGCAGGUCAAAUUGAAGGAAACUACAUACAACUCCUUCAUUUAGGUUAAAGAGUGACUAGUAAAUAAAUAAUGGUCCACAAUGGUCAUUUCACUAAUUAAAUAUGUCCUCUUUGAAAGUGUGGGUGCAGUGCUGGGGAGCAGAUGAAACUACUAGUGAUCUUUGGGUCAGUUCUAUAAAGUGUGCAAACAAAACAUCCUGUGGUACGGGGUACGAGAGCGAAUGUGUAACUUCCUGUGCUCAUCAUUGUUCAAAGGAGCCUUCAUCUUUCAGUCAGAUUGAUGGUUUGUUGUUUAACCUUUGCACAGGUUUUGAACCAACAUGCCCCCAGGACAUCAUUAACCUUUCUCGAGGUUUGUUCCUGAGUUCCUUCCCCUUUUCUGUCAUUUAGUCAUCUGCAGAGCAUUCUGUGAAUGAAAUAUAUACACAGUUGGCAAUGUUCUUGGAAGCUACAGAUUCUGGGGCAGUUGUCACUAAUUCAUGAGAGUGAAUUAAUUGCAUUAAUUUAAUUUCUCAAGUCUUUAGAAAAAUAAUCAAUAGUUAACAAAAUAUAAUGUUGCUAAAAAUUCCCCCAGUCUUUAAAAAAAAUCUUUCCUUUAGGCAUUUUGAUCCAAACCUUGUAGUUCUGGCUGUAGUGUAAGAAUGAAUAGUUUUAUGUCUAUAAAAUGGGGCUUUAAGCUAUUGUAUCAUGCACAGGACAGUUAAGAGUAGGGGGUGGCUGAUGAAUGCAACAAGCUUGUUGCUGUUUUGAUGACUGAACCCUACUGGUACCCAGUAAGAUGCUAUACUUUGGGAGAGAGUUUUCUGGCUGAAUUGCCUGUUCUCCCAUUUUUAAAUUUGUAGAAUUCAUGCCUUCUUUUCAGAGACUAAUUUGUUUGGACAAAUGUUGCCAAUUUCCUCCUUAAUCCUGAGGAAAUAAGGCAACAUGAAUUCUUUUUUUCAAAGAAACUGAGUGAAACUUUUGGCAAUACAUAUGUGUCGGAUCAAAUCUUCUUCUGCUUGUGUGUGUGGUAAACUGGACUAAAUAACAGA